AAAGAACUCCCCGAUUAUUACAAGCCUUGGAUGGAAACUGCCAACAGACUUCCUCACUUAAUUGAGAGCCACCAGCUCCAAGCUCAUGUGUACAAGAUGCCUCUCCUGGACUGCAGGUUCCUAAAGAGUCACCGCGAGCAGCGCCUGGCACACCUGGUGCUGGCUGCUAUCACCAUGGGAUUUGUCUGGCAGGAAGGGGAAGCCCAACCCCAAAAGGUGCUGCCAAGAACUCUUGCCAUUCCUUUUGUUGAGGUAUCCAGGAGUUUGGGACUCCCUCCUAUCCUGGUCCACUCUGACCUGGUGCUGACAAACUGGACCAAAAGGAACCCAGAGGGACCAUUGGAAAUAGGUAACCUGGAGAGCAUCAUUUCUUUUCCGGGGGGAGAGAGCCUGCGGGGCUUCAUCCUGGUGACAGUCUUGGUGGAGAAGGCAGCAGUGCCCGGCAUUAAGGCUCUAGUUCAGGGAGUGGAGGCCAUUCGGCAACACAGCCAGGACACCCUGCUGGAGGCUCUGCAGCGGCUGAGACUCUCCAUCCAGGACAUCACCAGAGCCUUGGCCCAAAUGCAUG